AUGGCCUUUGUUGAUGCCACAAUCGCAUCCAUUGUCGCUUCCGCUGAAAACUUUAAAGCUGCUUGGGAUCACCUUCACACCUCUUUUGCGAAAAAGUCUCAAACUCGCAUCUUCAGCCCCACCGGUUCACCGGUCAAUAACGAAGAACUUGUGGUGAAAAUAUUCAGUGGCCUCGGUCCAGAAUUCCGUGAGAUUUCAGCAGCAAUACGAGAGCGCGAUUCUCCCAUCAGCUACGCUGAACUAUUCAACAAACUUCUUGAUCACGAAGUUUUCCUCAAGCAUGAGGACCAAAAAAAGACUACCACUCAGGUGACAACAGCAGCUUCUCAUUACGUCACAUAUUCCCAAUCAGCCUCACGCAAUACUCAACGCCCACCAAACAACAACAACUGGAGUCCCCCCAACUAG